AUGGAAAAGGACCAGACGGGCUUAAUUGACAAAAGGAAAAAGGAGAUACUGCAGUGCAGGAUCCCCAGUCCCCUCUCUAAACUUAACCAUCCACUACCCUCUCUACCCAUCUGCUUUCGGCGCAAAUCGCUGGGAGUGGAAAAUGAAAUCCGAGACACCAUUAUUGAUUUAUUUGGGCAGCGGAAAAUGACAAGUGUAUGA